AUGGAUCCAUCCAUGCCUUCUCCAAAACAAGCCUGCGAUAAUUGCCGUCGUCGCAAGAUCAAAUGCUCACGCGAACUACCUUGCGACAAAUGCCAGCGUCUGUUACUAUCUUGCUCUUAUAGCGAUGUUUUACGUCGCAAAGGACCAAAGUUCAGAACGCUUUAUCCUCUCGCGCCGAUCCAUCCGCUCUCCACACAUGGAGAUACAACCCCAGAUCAACUGUACAGCUCAGCCGAGGGAUUCAGAUUGAGCUCGCCAGCUUCACCAGCCAGUGCCUUUCCUGCUCAAGAUGCCCCUUUUAAUUCGCAUGACAUCUUUGAGUCUUUUGCGCAGCUCCCUCCUUCGGAACUGGGCUCAUCGCCGGACUCACUAGAUCUCACUACGGUUGGUUCCUCGGUUUAUGGUCCCAUUGCAUCGCGCGCAUGCCGUCUGCCGCCUCAGAUCCUAUUGGCGCAUGUCAAUGUCUAUUUGAAAUAUCUUUUCCCUAUAAUGCCUGUUGUGCGUGGGGAUCAAUUACGUAUUGAUAGUCACCAACCCGAACAGCUAUCCCCACAACGAUACGCGUUUCUCGCUUCUCUUUGCGCAGCUACGCAUAUUCAGCUCAAGCUUGACGGAGCUGAUCCUGCACCAGAUCCUGCGAGAAUGUAUAGUCUGGGAGAUGGGCAUUCCAUUGUUUCGGGUGAUAAGUUGCUUGAGGAGGCUGUAAGGGCGCGUCGGGAAUGCGAUGUGGUGGAGGAUAUCAGUAUCGAGAGCCUGCUUACAUCGUUUUUCCUUUUUGCUUCCUAUGGAAAUAUGGAUCAUCAGACUCAUGCAUGGUAUUAUCUGUGUCAGGCUACAUCGAUGGCAUUUACAUUGGGUCUUCAUCGCGAAUCAUCGUAUGGGGAUUUCCUCGUAGAAGAGGCAGAGGAACGACGGCGGGUAUUCUGGUUGCUAUUUAUCACUGAGAGAGGCUACGCCCUCCAACAGUCCAAACCAGUCAUGCUCCGCGGGUCCAUCCACAAACCACAAGUCCUCUGUUCAGAAGACCCAAUACUUGCAUAUGGGUUCAUAAACCUCAUCAACCUCUUUGAAAAGCUCGAGCCAAGUUUGUAUGACUGGCUCUCAGCCGGUGGUAGUGAUGGACUCCUAGAGCGUCCGCCUACUUCAGUUAUCCAAUCGAGUCUAUGCAAACCCAUCUCAUUAGAGGGUGUUCUUGAGAUCCAACAGGUUGAUAUCCUCAUUACACAGCAAUGGCUUCAAUCCAUGAUGUGGAAACUCUCAAUGAAUCAUCCCACGCAGCCUGGUGCCAAGGAUGAUGCUGUAAUGCCGUUCCAUUUACCUGUCUUGGUUGGAAAAGCUGUUAUGGGUGUUAUUGGAACUGUGUCGCAAGGCGCGGUGGAUGCUCAUGGGAUCGGAAUGGAGCAAAAGCUUUUUGAUAUGGGCGCUGCGGUAGCAGAUGUCACCCGCUCACUCGGUUCAAAAGCCGUCCAUCGACUUGUUGAAUCAACAGUUGAUCCACGCGAGCUUCUCUGGGGGAUUUUACAAACACUCUCUCAGAUCCGUGGAUCACCCUCGUACCUAUUCCCAUCCCUAUUAGAACGUUCCAAGUCGAUCAUCGAACUCAAUGGAACCAUCAAUACAGGGAAUUUUCUACCAGUGCUUGGUGAGGCAACUCCUGGCCAGUUAAGUUUCUGGGCUGAUCAGCAAGGAUGGAAUCCUUCUGUUAUUAAUUCGGCACAGCGAAAUGCAGCUCAUGAUGAUGAGGAGCAUAGAGGUCAUGGUAAUAGACCCCCGACGCAUGGGAUACAAGAUUUGGGUCACCAAGGCAUGCACGGGUUUUAA